GACGGGCGAAUAAUUAGUCAUUUUUUGGACAGUGAAGCAUUUUUUUCUUCUACUGGUUGCAAAUGUUUAGAUUUAAAAUUAAACCAUUACAAAGCGGUUGAAGUAUAGAUUCUCAGCUUUGGAUGGUUUCUUUGUACAUGUAUCACCAUUUAGAAAUAAUACUACUUUUCUGCUUAGUUCCCCUAUUUCAGGGCACCAAAAUGUAUUACAUACCCUCAAAUUAAAGCUUAGAAUCUAUUCUUUAACUUCCUAUUAAUUGUUUGAUUACAGAUCUAAACGUUUGGGGUAUUCUAAUGACUAUGAAAGGCACUGUACAUACACACUUCUACUGACCCACUUGCUGCAGUCUUGUGAGAUUUGCAGAUACUCCUUGUGAGCAAAGCUGUAGUCAUGUGUUGGGCUGGUCACAAGCUCCUUGGUCCUGUUUGAAAUCUUUGUUAAUGCCUGUCCCUCUUAAUACUGUAAAAAUGUAACUAACUCAAACUUGUCCUAAAUCAUGGUAUAACCCUGCUCUGACGAAGUGAAACAUUUAAACUCUUCCCUGCUGUAAUGGGGCAAAUCUACUGAACAUAAGCAGUUAAAAUUCCAAUGCAGGGCCUUUAUCUGACAGCGGUGGACUCUGGUCUUCUUUCACCUCUCCAACCCGAUCAGACAGAACUGUCCUGGUUCCUGAUGGCGCCAGAUGGGCACUCUGUGGCUGGAACUGGUGUCAUUCUCCCCUAUACCAGCUCUGACCCAGUCCCUGGAGCUUGUAAUCUGGAGUUUGACCUGGACAUUGACCCAAAUGUCUAUCUCCACUACAACCUCUUUGAGACUACAAUUCACUUUGCACCUGCAAAUCUUGGAUAUUCAAGAGGCUCCAAUCCACCUCCCUGUGACACUGACAUGGGAGAAAACACUCGCUGGCGCCUGAGAUAUGACAUCUACCGGUACUUCCUGCCUGAGAAUGAUCUGUCAGACCCGAGCCUAAUCACCAGCAUCCAGAGUGUGGCCAAUGUGCAGAGCAUGAAAGACCAUGGAAAAAGGCUCAUGACCCUUUUGUCCGCUGAUAAGACGGAGGUAGUGUUUAGCUCCAUCCCCGGCCAGGGUGUUGUCUACUCGGUCAUAGUCAGAGACCCAGUUCUUAACACCACCUCCUCCUACAUCCCUGUUCACACCUACGCCUGCAGUUUCACCUCCACGCUGGAUGGUUGUGACAUGCUGGGGAAGAUAUCAACCAAGAUCUUCUUCACAAUCACUGGUUUAGCUGGCCUCUUUGUGUGCUUCUUUGGGCACCGCUUUUUCAAAUGUGAGCUUUUCUGUAUGGGCUUUGGCUUUGCAGCGUUUUUCUUUUUUGUACUGAUCACAAGAAGUACCAACCUAGACUAUGACAUCCGCCUGGCCCUGACGGCAGUGAUUGGCAUAGUCGGGGGUAUUGUCCUGGUGAUGAGUUGGUGGCGGUUCGGGUCGGUCAUGGUCUGUGUCAUAGUGGUCGGCCUCAUGCUGGGUUUCCUUGUAUCCUCUUCUUUCUUUUUCACGCCUAUCGGUGAUGUUGAGGUGUUCCGUUCGGACUUGGUGUUCUGGGUGACAUUCAGCUGCAUUGUGAUGGUGGUGCCGAUCUUCUUUGUGCGUUGGCCAAGAGAGGGUAACAUUGUGACGUGCGGUGUUGUUGGAGCCUAUGCCGUGGUGCUAGCUGUGAAUGCUUACGUGUACACCAGCCUGUCCUAUAUCACCCUGAACAUUCUGAAGCGCUUCCUCAACAACAACUUCAGCAAGGCCUUCACUGAUGUGCCUUUCCAGGACAUCGAUUUCGUCAUGGUCACGGUGUGGGCGGUGCUUGGGAUCUCGGGGAUCACCCUGCAGCUCUGCCGGGAGCGCACGCGGCCGUUCUUCCCUCCCAGCCCGUACCUCAUGUGGCAGCGAGAGCGUGAGCGCCGCAGGACCAAUGUCUUGGACCCAAGUCACCACACGCCCUCGCUCCGUAGCCGUCUCCUGGCUCACGCCUGGCUGCUGACCGGCCGGCCAGAACCUGCCGGCGAACGCACACCCCUGCUCCUUUAAAAGGAUCCCCACGACCCUAAACCUGUCCUACCCAGCCGAGCUGACUGAUUCUGCCUAAUGGGAGUGCGCCAAGGGCAACGGGAAACACCACUGUGCUGAACCGUCUUUUCCAGAUGUGUUUUGGCGACAUUGGAGAUGCAAGCAGCCCAGUGAGGGUUUAUAUGCCUCGUCAGGAACUUUGGCAUGUAAUGCCUCCGUGGUCCACUCUGGAACACUGUUUUUGAAUAGUUACUUUGAAGCCUGUUGUGUCACUUCCUCAGUCCUGAAGUAUGUGUUCCAUAUGCCAAAUAAUGUUAUGCCAAAAUCAUUCAGAAACAAUGUGUCCUGGUACAUCAGGGCUGAACAUUGGCAAUAUUUAAAGAACUAGUGUAACCGUGCACCAAUAUGUACAACAUAUUUUGUAAACCACUGAAUAGCAUAAAGAACAAUGUGGAAAGUAAGAUGGAAGCACAGCAACCAGCCAGUCAUUUUGAAGGGUCACUGACCGCUACAUCUGGUAGGUAUUUAUUGGAAUGUACUAUUCAAGGUAAUUGAAGGUCAUAUGUCUCCUCAGUUUUAAUGGGACGGAGGACUCCGGUACAUGCUCAGUUUUGCCACAGUGGUUGUAGAAAGCUUUGUGCCACAGAUGUUUGUAUGCAGGUUUGCACCAAUCUGCACUUGUUUUUAGAAGGCUUUUUUUUUUAAACAAAUGUAAAACAUUUGAUUUUUCAGAAAUUAGAUCUAAUAAAAUACACAUUUUGGGAAAUCCGUUUUUCUCUAAUGCUACCUGCUGGUGGUAUCAGUUGGUACUUGCAGACUUCCUCUUUCAAGUUUACGCAUGUAUUUUAAAGCACAAACCAAGUGGCAGGUCAAGAGCUUCAGAACUGCUAUGUUCAUAGCCUUCUGUUGUGUUAAGAUUGUCGUCCUUGUGCAGAGCAAGAUAUCCUCAGAUGCCAUAUAAUAUCCAAGUAGUGAUUUUGUAAACCCUUGCAAUUUACAGACAUUUUAAAAGGUUUUGUGGUUUGUUAAUUUUUCGUAUUUUAGGAAUAAUGGGAUCCCUGACAGGUUUCAUAUGGAUUAUUAUGCAAUGUAUGGGAAAGACUGAAAUGAAAGUAGAAAUGUCUAAUUCUACAUAAGUUUCCCACCAAACCAAAAUGUAUAGCUAGAAUGUUCCAAUUCCUUGCUGAAAUGCUUGGGUGCACUGAGAUUACUGACAAAGCUCUUUUUUAAGAUCUAAAUUGCUUUUCACUGUUUUUUUUCACUACAGCUCUUAAGAGCUUAACUUUUCACAUGCCUUGUCAUGUUUAAAAUGGGCUGAUUGCCUAUAGUGGGUUUUGUUUGUGAGAUUUUGUAAUUUAAUAAAAGUUCCUAAAAUCACUCA